GCCACGCCUUUUAUUUCACUCUAUUUAAUGCCCGCCCAUCAUGUCCAUUGCCAGUACAGGUGAUUGGCUUGAAGGCAAAUCCUGGGUCACUGCAUUACCCGAUCAUCCUUUAUUUGAGGACUUUAAGGACAGCCCUGAUAGUCAGUACCUCCUAUGUGAGACCAGGGGGGAUUUGUUCGUGUGGGACCCCGAGGGAUAUUGCCUCCGUACUACAAACCUUAAGAAACUCAAUGCAGACACUCAGAGCGAGAUUAAUGAAGGACCAACUGAAGUAUAUCAAAAACUUAACCCAACCAUAACUCCAGCAACACACCCGCACUCACUUACACCCUCUCCUACUGGACAGCACAUUUGCAUAGCUGGACCCCAGUAUGUCUACAUCAUGGAGCUACGGAGAUCAAGAGGGCCACACGGAGAGUUUAACAGUGGAGUAGAGGAGACAGAGUGUCGCACAGUAUCAGUUGGUGAUACUAUAAUAAGAGCACACAGACUUGAAGUUAUACAAGUUGAAUGGUCUCAAGAAGAAGAUGGGAUAAUUGCUAUUUUGACAAAUGACGAAAUGUUGAGAUUUUUCUCAAUUUCAGAGCCCAGCGUUCCAAGACUAAUACUGAACAUUUCAAAUAAACCAUCAAGCGGCCAGCACUGUGUCACACUCCAGGAAGAAGGAGGGAUGAUAGGGUUUUCACUAUCUGAUGGUAUAGCAUUCUUGUUACAAGAUCAACUUGAUAUCCAGUCCAUUCAACUAAGAGAAGGAGCUCUCAUAUCACCACCUGUACCAAUGUACCCGUUUAAUGAGGACAACUAUAAUGGGAAUGGACGUGGUUUGCUCCUCCUGCCCACCCAGCCACCUGUAUUGGUAGUUGCUAGUAGUAAUGGAACUAUUCUUCACUGUAUUUUUAUACAAGAAAGUGAUGAAGUAGAUGAAGCGAUACUGAGUGUAAUAGAGAUAAUAUCAAUAGCUGACACUGAUGACUGCAGUGUUAUAAAACUAAUAAAAGAUCCUGUAGCUCGUAAUAAUUAUUCAAUUCAGACUAUGACUAGUAUCUAUUAUGUGCACUUACCAUGGAUUGGUAAUUUGGAAAACUUUACUCCUGAUGCUCCAUCAUUCACUGCUACCCCCUCAUGCAACCUGGUGCAACUGUGUAGACUAGAAAAAGAGGAGAAUAAAGGCAUACCUGUGCAUAUUCACGAUACUAUAAUGGUUUCUGAUGGAUUGCUAGGAGAGGCUGUUCUUGCUGUUCUUAGCAAUGGGAAAUGCCUGAGUAUGAAAAGUCAUCAAGAUUUCAUUCCAAUUCCCAUUACAAGUAACAUUGCUUCUCUGGAGUCUGAAACUGACCUGUCACUGCCAAGUGAGUUUGUGUGUCAGGUCCAGCUUCUUUUUCAAAAAGCAUCUGAGCAGCAACUUCAGUUUCCACCUCAAGAUUCAUUUAAUACAAAACUACAAAAGGAUUGCUAUGAGUAUUUAAAACAAUCAGUUGAAGUCCUGAGAGAAAGAUACCUAAUACCACAAUCGAAAGUAAAAUCACUUCUUGAAAACAGAGUGAAGCUACUAGCUAACAAGAGGGACAGACAAGUGAAGGAGUUACUAAAGAUUGGUGAUGAUGCCAACGAAUUACAGAAUGACAACCAAAUGUUAGACGUCAAAAUAAAAAGACUAGAGCAACACUGUGAACAACUGACACAAAAGGUAGAGAUGAUUGGGUGUCUAGUAUCAAAGGCUUCACCGAUUCUAUCAGAUGCUGAGAAGCUUUUGAGUAAAGACCUUCAAACAAUGCAAGAGAAUUUAGAAGGACUACGGAUACUUUUAAAGAAAGCAAGAGCUAAACUUGAAGUUGGUCUGGGUAAAAGUACCAGUCCUAGUAAAACUGGCCUCAGCUCAACCAACAUGGAGACUGUACUAGCAACAGUCACAGACAAUGGAAGCAGUAUCAAAGAAUCUGUGCAGCUUGUAAAAGAAUUGGCGGGAGUUAUGGAUGUAGAGACUGUGAAAUAAUUAAGUCAAAUACGGACAUAACGAUAAUAAUAAUUACAAUAGAUAAUUAACCUUCAUUACAUUAUAUAGUUUCGUGUUGCUUAUUAUUGCAUUGUAAAUGAUAAUGAGCUGAAAAAGAGUCUUUAAUCUUU